AUGCAGACGCGAGUGGGAGGCCUUGGCUCCCAUGGCGCUGGGCACACGCACAGCCCCCCGGAGCUUUUUAUAGCACAGACAAUCAAGAUGCCAAGUCCAAUACGAGGGACGGAGGGAUCUGCUUCUGCAGGCCAAGCGUCCAGUUCCGCUGGCAUGAUUCCGCAGACAGCAAAGCAAACAACAAGAAAGCAUCUACAGCUCACCAUCUUCAAAAUGAAGUUCAUUGUCAUCGUCAACGCCCUCAUGGUGGCCCUCUGCAGCCACGUUGCCCUAGCCUCUACCAUCGGCCACCCCUCCCUGAUGCCCCGCGAAGAUGCCCUCAGCGACAACAGCACCGUCGCAACUCCCUACGGCAACAUCGUGAGCACCGUCCUCGAAGACGGCAAGAAGAAGAUGGAGUUCUUCGACGUCGACGGCACCCUCGAAGUGACCGCCAUCGAGACCGCGGAAGGAACUGCAACCUUCUACGAUGCUGAAGGCAAGGAAGUCAACCUUGCUGACAUGAACGAUGACGACGAGGACCUUGGGAAGCGCGUGCCCAAGUGGAAGCUUGCCAUCAAGUUCGCCAAGCUGAUUGCCAAGUAUGGCAAGCGGGCCUGGUCCUACAUCUACUGCGUCGGUACUGCUCCGUUCUGGAAGUGCGGUGAUGAGACCGUAAACUCUCUCCAGUCCAACUGGAUCUGGGCCCCAAACUGGAUCGAUUCCUCCCCAGCCAACACUGCCGGUAAAAUCGUCCGAUUCACGCGUCUUGUAUCUCUUACGUCCCCCGCUACACGAGCGCUAGUCCAUUGCUCAGCGGAUACACGUUAUAAGCUCUUUGUCAAUGGCGUGCGGGCGGCAGUGGGACCCGCCCGCGGCAGCCCUCUGAUCUGGUACUAUGACACGGUAGACAUUGCGCCGUAUCUACGUGUGGGAGACAACGAGAUUGUCUUUGUUGUGAUGAGGUAUUUCAAUGCGUGCAGGGGCGCGAUGGCCUUUGAGCGGACGGCCUUUCCGGGUUUGACGGUCGUUGGGACGAUUGAGACGCAGACAGAGACUGUGGAUGUGCAGUCGAGGGAUGGGUGGCUGGUGCAGGUGAAUGAGAGUGUGCGGUUCCCGAUGGGACUUGUUGAUGAUAUGUUUCUGCAUAUUAAUGAGCGGAUUACUCCGGCAGUGCUGGAAGAGCCGGUUACGCCGAUGGUGUACGGGAUACGGACGGCGAAUGGUGAUCUGUCUCCAUGGCGCCUGCGGCCUCGUCAGAUUCCCAUGCCAGAGGAGACGCCUGUGGGAGUUGAUCUUGUCCGAAAGUGCCAGAGUAGCAGCAACGGUGUCGACAAAUGGACGGUGUUUCUGAACCCAAAGCAGACACUAACACUCCCAGCAAAUUCCUCGCACGUGCUUGAAAUCCAGGCGGAGGUCCAUUCAACUGCGUUCCUGCGGUGGUCCUUUCGAUCUGUGCAGGCGUCUCGUGUAACCCUCAAGGUCACCUAUUCGGAAGGAUACGAGCAAGAGCCUCCGUCCUAUCCCUUCUUCCGCAGAAAGGCUGAUCGACUGGACGCGGAGAAUGGACGUCUCAUUGGACCGUAUGAUGAGGUGACCAUUGACUUGUCGGCGGGAAAGACGACCAUCUACGAGCCGUUCUGGUUCCGCACGUUUCGACUGAUCCGGCUUGAGAUCGCCAGUGGGCCAGCACCGGUUGAGCUUCUGUCGUUCGACGCUACCCAGGUUAAUUAUCCGAUGGCAGUCAAGGCUAGCUGGCAGGAAGAUGGGAACGAGUACAGCGAAAGGAUCUGGGAGGUCUCCAUCCGCACGAUGCGCAACUGCAUGUUCGAUGGGUACUCCGACUGUCCCUUCUACGAGCAACUCCAAUACUCUGGCGACAGCCGCUCCGUCGGUCUAUUCCACUACCUCCUCUCCGGUGACGACCGGCUCAUGCGGCAGGCCAUCACCAACUUCGCCGCCUCCGUCACACCAGAAGGCCUCACCCAGUCCCGGUUCCCGUCACACGUCCCGCAGAUAAUCGCCGGAUUCUCCCUCUACUGGAUCCUCCAAGUCUGCGACCACCACCUCUACUUCGGCGACACAGCCUACGCGCGCUCCUUUCUCCCCCGCAUCGACGGCGUCCUCGAGUUCUUCCACGCUCACAUCGACUCCCUCGGGCUGGUAAGCAACCUCCCGGACGACGUCUGGCAAUACGUCGACUGGGUGACAAACUGGGGCGCGACAGACGCCCACCCAGACAAAGGCGUCCCGACCUCCGGCCGAAAGUCAAACAGACACACCUUCUUCAGCCUCCUCUACGCCUACGUCCUCAAGCAAACCGCGCUGCUUCUCCACGAUCACUGCUACGACGGGCGCUUCUUCACCGAUUCGACGGCGGAUGUCGCCGACGGGGACGCCUACUCGCAGCACUGCCAGGUGUUCGCCGUGCUAUCUGGUGCGGUAGCGGAGAGCGAUCGCGUGCGUCUGCUGACGGAGAGUUUUGCGGACGCCAGCUUUGCGAAAUGCUCGUAUGUGAUGCAGUUUUAUGCGCUGCGGGCGUUCUCUCUGGCCGGGGAUGAGGCGUACGAGGCGUAUUGGGGACGGGUGUGGGAUCCGUGGCGGCGGAUGCUGGAGUGUAAUUUGACGACGUGGGAGGAGGAUGAUGUGCGGCAGCGCUCGGAUUGUCAUGCUUGGGGGAGUGUGCCGAUCUAUGAGUACUGUACGGAGCUGGCUGGGGUGAGGAUUGAUGCGCCUGGGGCAAGGAGGGUGUUGUUCAAGCCACGGUUGAGGGUGGCGGUCGGGAGGGAGAAUGUUGCGACAGUGAGGUGGGAGACGGUUGAUGGUGAGAAGAGGGUGGAACUGAGGUUUGAGAGCCCUGUCGAUGUGGUUUCUCAGUUGCCGGGAAGGGAGAGGGUUGAGCAUGGAGUGGUACAGUCACUUUUCUUUACGUGGAUAGACUAG